AUGGGUCUAGCAAAAUUCAUUAGGGGUGACAACGAGUCAUCAUCACUUAACAUACAGAAUAACGAGAACUGCCAACGAGUCAUUGCCAUUCCAGACAACUUGUUACCUGAGUUGCUCCAAGUUAUUUAUAACCUGGAGAAGACGUAUGACAUAGUUCCUAUGGAGGUUCUUUGGAGAUGCGCGGAGGUUAGUGGAGUUUUGGUGGCGUACGUCAGAGCUAUUAAGGAUAUGUAUGAUGGAAAAAAAACUCGAGUAAGGAAGGUGGGAGAAGACUCAGGGCAUUUUUUGGUCGAGAUAGAUUUGCAUCAGGGAUUGACUCUUAGUACGUUCAUUUUUGUGUUGGUGAUGGACGUGUUGACACAGAGUAUUCAAGGAGAGGAGCCUUGGUGUAUUUAUUUUGUAAAUGAUGUAGUGGUGAUCGAUGAGAUGCGAGAAGGUGUGAAUGAGAAAUUAGAGUGGAAUGGCGAGAUUGAAGAGGAUGUCUCUAAAAGUAUUAGAGCAGGUUGGAUGAAGUGGAGUCUUGCCUCAAGAGUGUUCUGUCAUAAGAAGGUGCUCCUUAAUCUUAAAGGCAAUUUCUACCGAGUGGCUAAGUGUUGGCCAGUCAAGAACUCUCACAUUCAAAGAUUGAAGAUAGCGGAAAUGAGAAAGUUGCAUUAG